AUGGUUACGCUACCUCGAGACGAUGACAAGGACCGAUUCUACGAUGCACGCAGUGGAGCAGCAGUGCACUGGAAAAAUGCAAGUCUGUACGACAACCGAGUGGUGUUUUUACCUGCGCGUUCCGUGCUUGUGCUCUCCAAGAUUAAAGCGUCGGAUGAAGUUACCUACACGUGUCGACUGGACUUUAAAAUCAGCCCAACACUCACCUAUAAAGUCAACCUCACCGUCAUUGUGCCACCGCGUGAGCUCGUCAUCCUGUCGACAGCGAGCACGACAAUCACAAAUAACAGCGUGGGACCGCUCGUAGAAGGCUCGUCUUUGACUCUAAUUUGCCAGAGCAAAGGCGGGACGCCCGACCCCAGAGUGCUGUGGUUUGACCAAAACGACCAGCUUGCUGAGGGCGUCUCACGCAACCUCAGGCGACAAACUGUUUCUACGCAGAUGAUCGCUUACAACGUCUCUCAAGCCCUUAGUUUGUCACCUAGAGGAUCUUAUGAGGCGAUUAGCAAGGACUCUGUUGUACGCAACACGUUGGUACUCGAGCCCUUACAACGUUCAGAUCACAACCGUACCUUGACGUGCGUGUCAACCAACACAAACCUCACCAACCCUAUGGAGACGUCGGUUGUCGUCCAUCUAAACGUUCCUCCGACCAGCGUAGAGAUCGAGGGCCCGAAGGAGCCGCUAGUAGCCGGUCGGGUUUUCCUCUUCAGAUGUCAGGCGCGCGACGCUCGGCCGCCGGCGACGCUCGACUGGUACCUCCGGGACCAAAAAUUAUCAAACUACAGCAAGAAUUUGGCGCCACAAACCAGAAUGGAGUCGCUGCAAGAGGGUACUCGUGAAGAUGCUUCUGUCGACUCCAGUGUUUUGUGGUUCAUGCCUGAGAGGAAACAUCACGGACUGCCUUUAGCAUGCGUGGCAAGCCAAGAAGAUCGCAGGCUAAAGCCUGUCACCGCAAGUAAACGGCUUGAAGUUUACUAUCCUCCUAGCGCGGUACUCAAACCCGGACGCUCCGUGAACCUCUCUGCGAUAGAAGAGGGAGACGAUCUCUACGUGGAGUGUGUGGUCGACGCCAGUCCUCCAGCUUACAAAAUCGUGUGGUACCAUCAGGGGCAGCUGUUGGACCAGAACGUGUCGGCAGGAAUAAUCCUAAGCAACCAGAGUUUGGUGCUGCAGCGAGCGAGGCGACAGCACGCCGGCGUCUACAGCUGCCUCGCCUCCAACAUAGAGGGAGACGGCGCGUCUAACGCCAUCACUCUCACCGUCAAGUUCGCGCCUGUGUGCCGGGGGCCGGCGUGGCAGUACAGAGGAGCGUCGCUGAUGGAGGUUCUGCAGGCGACCUGCCAACUGGACGCGCUGCCUCCCGUGCAGAGCGUCACUUGGACCUUCAACAACACCGGCGAGAUCAUCAACAUCAGCAACGAUUUGGUGACGGUAACAGGGAGCAAUUCAACAGUCCGUUACACGCCUCUCACCGAACUAGACUUCGGCAGCCUCCUCUGUUGGGGGACGAACGAAGUGGGCAAGCAGAAAAUUCCAUGUGGAGUGCAGAUCUUCCCUGCUGGUCGGCCGGACCCUCCGGACGAGUGCGAACAAUUCAACUUCUCCGUUUCGGUGAUCAGCGUUCUCUGCAAGGCUGGCUUCGAUGGCGGCUUACGGCAGAACUUCACGCUUGAAAUCUAUGAGGAGAAUCAGUCGUUACUGAUCGCCACCGUAACGAAUGAGUUUCCUGUACUGGAGGUGGCGAGUGUGGCGUCAGCCCAGAGCUACCGCGCGGUGCUUUACAGCGCCAACGCUAAGGGCCGGAGUGAUGUCACCACAAUGUCGGUCAUCACACUCAGGGAUCUGGUGGAGAGGAGGACUGCAGCCAUGAAGCCUCCACCAGAAUACCCUCUGCUGGCAUCGACAUCUUUGGACGCGUUGGACAGCGUGCCCACUUACGUGGUCAUCACACUAGGCAUCAUUGCUGGAUUAAUUCUGGUAUAUUUCCUGUUGUUCGUUGCCAUCAGAUUUAAGAGCUCACAACGUCGCCGCAACCAACGCUUGAGUUUGGAUGAUCUUAGCGACAGAAGUCCUCAGGCUACACCAAAUUUUGAUGAGCAUCCCUCACUCAAUGUCGCCGAAAAACCUGACGCGCAUCUCACGAAAAACUCAAAAAGUCUCCCUGAAAAACGUUUGCAAAGUAUGAGCGCCCAAACGGCCCCACAUAUUUCUCUCGCUGGUCCAGUAAAUGAAAGCUCUGCCAAUAACAAAGAUUUUACAAAAAGAACACGAAAAAAACUUACCGGAGAUGAAGUGACGGCCGAGCCAAUUUUGGAUGCCGAAGAUCCAGUGGAGACGAGACUCCCAAAAAACGUUAGUGGAACAGAAGUUUCAAGGGACUCCUCUCAUCAACAUCAAAGUGUCCGGCCCGUCAGAUCAGAAGAGGCAGCCGCCAGUGACGCGUUCCUUGACAAACCAGCCUCAGGCGACCGUCGCUUCUAUGGCCCUGGACCUGCGCUGGACACGCGCUCGGCUAUAACUCAUGAAACUUCUAGGACAAGCAGCCAAGGAUUGGAUCCUCUAUCAUCCGGAGAAUCAAUUACGGAACUGCAAGUCGAAUCCAGGAGCAUUCCUCCCUCUCCGGCGCCCGUGAAGUGCGAGCAUUCCAAUAUUAAUGGGAAAAAAGAAAUGACACCAUUAACCGAUUUCGACCUCCAACUCCUCGGGAUGGGUCACUGUGACAGAAAAAUUUCAGCCGAAAAGGCAUUCUAUCCUAAAUCUUACGGGGACCGUGAUCCAUUUUUUAACUAUAACUUGAACACAAAUAAUAAUUUUCCCAGUUACUUAGACACCGUUGGUACUCGAACGCUAGACAGGGUUUCAAGAAAUCGUCAAGACCGUGACUUUCAGAGGUUUUUACACUCGCUUCAUGAAUUGGGGUACAGUCUGCCUCUGAAAAUCGGCCCGAGUAACGCUACUCUCAGCAAUGCAAAUCUCCUCAACUCGCACUUGAUGAAAUCAGAUGGCAAUUUAAGCAUUCAUCAAACCAAUGAGCAUUCUUUGCGAGCCCAGAUUUUCAAUAAUGCAACAAGCAACUUUGAAUUUGGUAGACCUUAUCCUUUUGAUAACCAAAAUUUACGAAAUACCAGCUUAUCCUACAAAGAUACGUUAUCAAAUAAAGACGGUAAUUCAAAUUUCCGAAACGAAAUGUACUGUUUUCCAGAGGGUAAUUUGUCUGCUUUCAAUGAUGACAUGCAUUGUUUAGGAAACGGUAAAUCUUCAAAAAGUUCUUCAAGCUCGGAUGUUAAUGCUUUACUAGACGCCUUCAUAAGGCCUAUAACGCUCAUAAGAGAACGAGAAAGUGCGGUUUGAUCAGUUUGAUUUUUGAACCUUAUUUCCUAUUUACAAAAUUUUAUUUCUGUCUGUCUUCUCAGCUAUCAACCUUUUACUCGUGCUAUAUGACUUUUCUGACUUAAUAUUCUGAAACAUUAUUUUCAAUAUUUGCUCUCUCAGUAGUCAGGUUUUCGAAAUAAUUAACUGCUGAACUAUACGAAAUAAACUUUAUUAUUUUUAUAUUUACGUCCUAUUAAUUACAUAUUUUAAUUCUCUCACAUUUUCAACAGGUUAGUCCAUUUGACCUUCAUUUUGGUUUUGUGUUGCUAGGCUCGUUUUGAGGCAAAAGAGUUCGGUAUUUGUAACAGACUAAGCCAGAGCUUGAUUACACGAGUUACAUAAAAGGGAAAGUAUUUAUAAUUUAGUAAGGCACGUGCGAACAAAUGUUGAUAUCAGUCAUCAGACGAUAAUAAUCGAACCUUUGCUGGUAAACCGAAUGAGAACUCGUGUAAACAAAAUGAACAUACUA